AUGUUUUCGCGUAAAUCGGAAAUGGAUGGUCAUCGUCGCUUGACGACUGUUCGCAAAUCCGAAUUUCCAAGUAGUGGCGGUAGGCAACCAAGAGAUAGCCUCACUGCGGAUAGCUACAGGUUGAGCAUUGCUGGAGGUCAAUCGACGAUCAAACGCCCAAAAACGCACUCGUCGAAUGAUCCACGAGAUCUUGCAAAGAAAGCAAAUCAGAAAGAAGUCGUCGAAAAGCUUCAAAACUUUCUCAUCAACGAAAUCAACUUCCGCGAAGUAUCGCUCAAAGAACUUUCCAACAUGACAACCGGCUUGUUCCAUGAAAUCUUCUCAACAUUUGUCCGAAUUAUUCUCGGCCCAAAUUAUUUGAUGAGCUUUGGUAAAGUGAAACCAGCAGAGCUCAUCGUUGAGACUAUGCGUGCAGUUGAUUAUCCAUUUAAAUUGGUGAAAUCAAGCUUUGUGAACUUGACGAAGCAGACCUUUCCGACUGCGAUUGGAGUUUUGGACUGGCUGAUUGACUUGAUUGGAAUUCAACAGGCAGCGGAAAAUGCCGCUCAAGAUACAGCGGAUAUUGAGGAAAUCAUCCCAAUUUUCGAAGGAUACGCGAGAUAUGCUGCUGGAGAAGGCGACAUCGACGAUAUCACCGAUGAUGUGACAAAUGAGGUAGCCAAGUCGAAACAAGAGCAGUUAGCUCUUGAAGAGAUCGACAUUGAUGAUGCUUACAGGCGCAUGGAAGAAGCAGAGCUAGAACUAAAAGACUUUAAAAAUGCGAAACGAUGCUACGAAAACGACUUGGUAGAUUUGACAAAAGCGAUCGAAGACUCGACAAAAUUCCUGAAUCUAAGCAAGUACCACGUCGAAAAGGGCGCUGCAGAGAUCAAAACGCUGCGCGAAGAAGAAACGAAGCAAAAAGAAAUGAUCGAACAACUCAAAAAAGACAACGCAGAACUCCGGGAACGAAUCGGAGAUCAAGAGACGGCCAUUGAAAAGAAGAACCGAUACAACGCGCUCGUUGAAGAGGAUCAAAAGUGGCAAGAAACAGUGGCGGCUCAACGACAAGAUCUCGGAAUAAUUGAGGUUAAAAUAAGCCGUGAACGAGCAACUGCUGCCGACAUUUUGAUCAAUUACAACACAGCCGCAAAUUCACUUCGCGAAUUUUCCGAAAAAUUCAAAAUCCCAUCUUCCAUCUCGGCGAAAAACUUAUCUAUGCUUGAAGAAAAACAAAAGCUCAUCGGCGAAGCGGAUCAACUUUGCCACAAGCAAAUUAGCUCGUUGAGAAGUGAGACAGACGUCCUGAACUUUGAAAAUGAUGAGCUAGAAAAGCGAAUUCAAGAGGAGCAGGAUGAUCACGACCUGGUAAAGACCCAGUUCGAGUCAAGAUUCCAAAAGAGCAAGGCGGAGUUAAAUAGAGUCGAGGAAGAAAAUGCUCAUAUGAAAAGCCGAAUUGGAAAGAGGCGAGAAAAUGUAAUGAGCAUCAGUGAAGACAUAGAAACUCUUCAGAGUGACAGGAUAGAUCUUGAAAGAAAACUUCAAGAUGUCAAAGAAAAUGACGAGAAUGCCAACUACGGAGAUGAGGAAGAACGAACGAUCAUUGACUUCCUCGAAUCGGCUAACGACAAGAAGAACACAGCCGACACUCAAUUCAAAAUUGUUCAAAGUAUCUUCGAGGAAGAGAUGAGCGUCAUCCAGACGCGCGUCAAACGCAACGAAGAGAUUCACGAGUUCAUCACUAGAAAAAACUUUGACUAA